AUGUUAGCCCUGAAUUUGUUGAAACUCUACGCUUUGCUACUUGUUUUGAUAGUAGGAUUGCAGCAAAAUACUGCCCAGCGCACAGUUUGUGGUCCGGCCUUAGAUGCGGUACUUAGUACUCUUUGCCAGUACGGUUAUAAUACAAAAUUCAAGAGAUCAAUGGAUUUGGAUGAACAUAACGGCAAUGAGCUGGUAGAAGAACUGCCCUUCCCCUAUGCAAAUUCGCCAUUCUUAGGCAAGAUACACGGUGGCUAUGUUGAUACGUUGGCCAAAACACGUCGCCGUCGUGACGGUGUGUAUGAUGAAUGUUGCAACAAGGGAUGCACCUAUAACGAAAUCUUAUCGUACUGCAAUCGAUAUGAAGAUUUGAUUCGCGGUCUUUAG